CGUCCUUUCAGAUAAUGUAGCUUUCUCCAUACAAAUACCUCAAUAGGAAGUUCCGGAGCCUUCUGCUGCUACUUUGUGGUGAACGGGUCUAUGUCGAAGUACAAGACAUCUGGAAGCAAAGCCUCAAAUGAUAGUGGCAAAAGUGAGGAACGGGAAGGACGAAGUUGUGUGCGUUAUAAAUGCGGCUUAUUCAACACCAUACAAGAUGUCCUGAGACAAAGACCAAACUGGGUUGAAGUCAAAGAUGAUGGAGAGUGGGACUUCAAUUGGUGUGAUGUGGGUUGGCUUAGGGAGAAUUUUGACCACUCAUACAUGGACGAACAUGUCAAAAUAAAUCACUUUCGUAACCAUUACGAGCUGUCCCGCAAAAAUCUUAUGGUCAAAAACCUCAAACGGUACCAGAAGAAUCUGGAAAAGGAAGUUGGCCGUGAGGAAGCCUUCAAAUGUGACUUUUUCCCUUGCACCUUUGUCCUGCCCAGCGAGUAUCAUCUCUUUGUAGAGGAGUUCAAUCGAAACCCUGGCAGCAUCUGGAUCAUGAAACCGGUAGCAAAAUCACAGGGCAAAGGAAUUUUCCUGUUCAGGAAACUGAAAGACAUUAUAGACUGGAAGAAGGAAAGCGUUCACUCAGAAGAGCAGAAAGAUGCAGUACCUGUGGAAAACUAUGUGGCACAGAGAUAUAUAGAGAACCCUUACCUGAUUAAUGGCAGAAAAUUUGAUUUGAGAGUUUACGUCCUAGUCACUUCAUAUGUUCCCUUAAAGGCAUGGUUAUACAGAGAUGGUUUCGCUCGCUUCUCGGGGACUCGCUUUUCGCUCAGCACCAUCGACGACAAGUACAUGCACCUCACUAAUGUGUCUGUUCAGAAAACAGCUCCAAACUAUAAUCAUGAAGAGGGAUGCAAAUGGGAGAUGCAACAGCUUCGGAGAUACCUGACUGCCAAACAUGGUAGGGAGUUGAUUGAAAACCUCUUCAAAGAGAUGGAUAACAUCUUUAUUCGAAGUCUGCAGAGUGUCCAAAAGGUCAUUAUAAAUGACAAACAUUGUUUUGAGCUCUACGGUUACGACAUACUGCUGGACGAGAACCUCAAGCCGUGGUUAAUUGAGGUGAAUGCAUCUCCAUCACACACCCCCAGCAGUCGGGAGGAUUAUGAGAUGAAGUUCAGACUACUGGAGGACACUUUGAAUGUUGUUGACAUGGAGGGAAGGCUGACUGGCAAGGAGAAAAGAGUGGGAGGCUAUGAUCUCAUGUGGAACAAUGGGCCUGUCUAUAGAGAGGAUGUCUACCUACAAACAUUUGGCAGUUCAUGUUUCACUGCCAACACAUACUUGGGGUGUCUGAAUGACAGAGAAAAGCAGCUUCGCCAUCUUUUUAAACCAUUUCAGAGGAGGACCUAAUUGUAUCCUGAGUCUCCAACAUGGCUUUUCUUUUUUUUGUUCGUGGUAAAGGACGCCGACCCAGUUCCCCCCAAUGUUUUCUGCAAGUAAAAACAAUAUUUCAACCUUAGACCAAUUUUGAACGUGCAACAAACAGGUUGAUUUAACAAGACGGGCACAGACUGUCAUGUCUUGUUUUUACAAAUAAAAUCUGUAAUGUGUGAUGUGCAUUUGUGUUCAAUCCCCCUUUACUCUGAAGCCCUAAAUAAAAUCCAGAGCAAAUAAUUUUCUUAAGAAUCUAUCUGUGUCAAAAUAUAAGUACCGCUACAAUAGAAUGGUUUAAUCCACAUGUGUUGGAGAAACCCAGUCCAACCCCAACUUUUGCAAUUCCCUGUAUACUGGUCUGUCCUUGUUAAUGCCAAUAUAAUAACUGAACAAAUAUUAAACAUAUAACAACAAUAUUGACAAAUAACUGCAUGACAUGUUUUCUUGCGUCCAAAACAUUUAUUUCUAUGCCUUACAAAUACUCGCAUCCAACACUGAGAAAAAUACCACAAUCUUUCAACGUAGUGUAUAGUGUACACAUGAACAAUAUUCGUCUGUCCUGGCCCCUUCACUAUGGCUUUGACAUUUUACAUAAAUAUACUGUAUAUUCAGUGAGUGCAGUCAUAGUACGUCACAUCUACAUUAAUUUGAGUGCUUUGAACAUUUAAAUCAAACUAUAAAACAGACAAAGCGCUGUAAUAUUAACAUUGCCUUACAGACAUUAAGUAUGUAGUGGAAUGUGGAGGUGAUUUGUCCACCAUCACCCAGUUACAGCCCAGCGGCCCUGAUGUGUCAAAGCUCCAUUCAAAUAAUUGGGAUGACUGCAGAGGCCAGAGAAAUUACAUUCAGCUCUUCUACAAAACAAUUCCUCUUUUUUUUUUUUUAAGUUAGACACAAUGUAAACAUGUAGAUGACCAAAAUAAAUAAAAGUCGACCACAACGACAUCUCAUAAAUAUAGCUAUGGUAUAGAAAUUCUGGAAAAAUACGCAUUUACAUUCGUAGCAAACAAUCCACCGCCUUCAGUGACGAGACGACCUCAGCUCUAUGCAAAAUACAUCAAGUUAAUGUAAACUACAAUUCAAGCUUUUCGACAAUGCAAAGCCCUUGUAACAAAAAAAAAAAAAAAA